AAUAAUAAUAAUAAUAAUAAUGUUAAUAAUGAUGAUAAUGACGGACGCCUACAUUAAUGUCAUUAAUGUAUAAUGAAUGAUUCACUUCACAAUGGUAGCGAGUUUAGUAAUAUUAAAAAGACUUAAAUUUGAUGAUUGUUUAUAGUUUUAUUUAGAAACGAAGGUAGAAAUGAAAUUAUAAUUAUAUGUUAUUGGUGAUUGAAAUACCGACCAUCAAAUUCUUAUCGAGAUUAUUGUUGAGAUUGACGGGUCCGUUUAUGCAUUACUGUGCGAAUAUAACAAUUACGCAAAUCUGCAUGAACUUACAUUUUGAUUAUUAUCAUUGUAUCAGACAUAAAAUUAAACAUCCCUAAUUGUUUCAAAAAUAGUCUUCAAAGAAGUGUUUUUAUUAUGUGUCAGCAGAAUUUGAGGAUUAAAU